UCUCUUACUUUGAAGCGUCCAGUCAGCUGUCGCGGUCAGACCAAGCCUCCGGGGGGGGGGGGGGGGAGGCUGCUCAGUGCGCCCGGUCCCAGCCCGGUCCCAGCCCGGUCGACUCCCGCCGCUCUUCGGAACCAUCAUGGACCUGGACCCGGUCGUCCUCCUGCCCGCCGUCCUCUUCACGGUGGUCGCGGUUUAUUUGGCUUCAUCGCUGCUCCGCCGGAAGCCCGACAGACCCUCCUCCUCGGCCGGGACCAACAAGCCCAAAGUCGGAUACGGAGACGAUGUUCCUCCGUCCAGACCGCCGGGAGAACCGCUGCUCUCCACGGGACCAGAACCAGAACCAGCAGAGAAGAAGCGGGCUUUCCCGGAGUUGAAAGUGAAGGCGGCACCAGAACCCGAUCCAGAACCAGUGACAGUACCGGAACCAGUGAAGCUACCAGAACCGGUCAUCAAACAAGCACCAGCUCAAGAACCUUUUCCAGAACCAAACAAAAUACAAGAAUCAUCUCCAGAACCAUUAGACGUUUCAGUACCAGCUAAAGAACCAGAACCAGCUGUAGAACCAGAACCAGUUAUAGAACCAGAACCAGCUGUAGAACCAGAACCAGCUAAAGAACCAGAACCAGCUGUAGAACCAGAACCAGUUAUAGAACCAGAACCAGCUGUAGAACCAGAACCAGUAAAAGUACCAGAGCCAGCUGUAGAACCAGAACCAGCUGUAGAACCAGAACCAGCUAUAGAACCAGAACCAGCUAAGCAGAAUUUGGGGAAACCUUCCCCAGAACCGACAGCAGCUCAGAAACUUGUCCCUGAAACAUUAAAAUCUGUAGAAUCUGUACCAGAACCAGAACCAGUGACGGUCACAAAGAUUCUAGCCGACUCAUCUGUUGUACCAGAACCAGAAUCAGCUGUAGCUCCAGAACCCAAUUCUGUCCCAGAACCAGUUAAGGUUCCUGAUCCAGAACCAGAACCUGAAGUGGUCCAACAGCCAGAGACUGAACCAGAAGUUGAGAAGGUGGAUGGGUCCAGACCAGAACCAGCAGCUGAAACGGUCUCUGAACCCACAGGGCCCGUGGCAGAGGAACCGGAACCGGAGCAUAACUCUCUGAACGAUGUUGUUGCAGCUGCAGCUCAAAAUGAAUCCAGCAAGUUGGAGACGCUGAUGGAGGAGCAGAGGGUAGAGCUGACCUCUGACCUCACCUGUCUGUAGAGCAGAGACUGUUAGGAGGACAUGCUGAUUCCAGAUGAAGUUCUGAAGAAUUGAAGAUCAGCAGUUUUUUGAGGCUCCCUUCAUGUUUUGUGGCUUUAGCAGCUCUGAGGUGGAGCAGGUGUUUUGCAGUAAACGUGUUUCCCAUCAAUGUGCCUUCAGGAGUUUUUGUGUGUGUUGAAGCUUCGUGCAGAAAUGAAGGAGUGUGUUUUACUCAGCCUGGUUUUAAUCUGUUUCCUAAUGAUAAACUGUUUCUGUUGAUGCUGCUGCUUUACUUUAUCUGCUCUGAGUUUGUUUUAAUUUAAAACAGGGAAUAAAAGUGAGAAAUAAG